CUAUGCUACAGCAACAUAUAACCCAUAGAGAUAAUUCAGUAGAUCUAGUAGUUUAACUCCAUAAUUGUUGGAUUUCAAUACAUUCAGGUUCUUGCUAAUUUGAUCGGUUUUAAAUGUUUUGUGAUGGAAUCGGUUGGACUGUGGACCGAGGCCGGCGAAUCAAUCAAGAACGCCACCUCUCCUAGGUUAGGGCGUGUUGGACCUGCCAUGGGGGACAGGCCGGCGCCGAUCGAGAAGGUCGCGGUGCCGGAGAAGAUGGCCUUGUUCCUCCACGCCGCCGUCACGUCACCGGGACACCAGCAGCAGCACGGCGCCUCGUCGCACGAGGCGCCCGCCGCCGCGAACAUCACGCCGCGGACAACAACAGCCAGGAAUAAGCAGCAGCACCUGCCGGUGAGCCCCGGGGCGUGCCUCUGCUCGCCGACCGUGCACGAGGGCUCGUUCCGGUGCAGGCUCCACCGCGGCAGCGGCAGCGGCUCCGGACUCCACGAGAUGAAGAUGAGCAAGAAGGCCGGCGUAUGACGACGCGACGCAGCGGGCGGCGACAAGCGUUCGUACUACGCCUUACCGCAAAUGCGCAGGUGCCUUUGCCUGCAUUUCGGCCUCUGUUUUUCCCCCCUCAUUUGUUUUCGCUGCAUACAGUAAUACAGAAGGGGAAGAGUACCUUUUUUUGUUCCUUGUACAUACCUUUCCUUGUAAAGGGUCUGUCAUGUCGAUGAUGACUUCUUGCCACUCUUGAAGCUCAUGAAACACAAGUGGAGGCCAAGUUUACCUAAGACAUAAAACAACACGAAUGCUGUAUUACCUGU